AUCCACGCGAACACCAAGAGCUUUAUAAAUCCCACACACACCUCUCUCUUUUCACUUCACACACACUCCAUCGCCGUUUUAUUCAAAACCUCUCGUCGUUUCAACAUGCAGAGUCUUCAACAGAAAGCUUCGGAAUGGAGCGGUGUUCCAACGAACGAAGCUUUCUCCAUCGACGAAACCAAUCUCUUCCAGAAACUUGGCCUUCAAACGUUCAUCAACCUCUCCACCAAUUUCUACAACAGGGUUUAUGAUGAUGAAGAAGAAUGGUUUCGUUCGAUUUUUGGUAAUUCUAAGAAAGAAGAAGCUAUUCAGAAUCAGUAUGAAUUCUUCGUGCAGAGAAUGGGAGGUCCUCCUAUGUUCUCUCAAAGAAGAGGACACCCUGCUCUAAUUGGUCGACAUCGACCAUUUCCAGUCACUCAUCAAGCUGCAGAGAGAUGGUUACAUCACAUGCAACAAGCAUUAGACACUACUCCAGAUAUAGAUGACGACUCAAAGAUCAAAAUGAUGAACUUCUUCAGGCACACUGCGUACUUUUUGGUGGCGGGUGACGAGCUAAAGAAUCCAAACCAACAGAUACCGUGCAAACAUGCAGCUGGAAAAGAUAAUUCAUGAAACAUAAAACUUUGUAUGGGUUAAAAUUAUUUUUUGUCAAAAUCCUUAACACAGUUCGUAAAACUUUCAAUCAAAAAGGGAUUUGGAUUUCUUAA